AUGUCUCCAGCCUUGAUUCUUCUUUUAUCUCCCUAUGUGAUAUUUUCAGCUGAAGGCGUGGAUUUUUACAAACCAUCAUCAUUUGUCUCGGUGAAGUCUGGAGAACGUGUUACUCUUAACUGCACAUUUCUGGACAGCAGCAGAUCAGUUCGUGUUGUUUGGUACAAACAAAGAUCUGGAGAGAUACCUCAGGAAGUUGGAGUAAGGCUUUCACACACGGAUGCCAGCUCAGUUGUGAAAGUGGAGAGAAUUAAUAACGGGAUUUCUAUGACAAUACCACAUGCAAAAAAAGAUGAUGAAGGACUUUACUUCUGUGGACUAUCUAACUGGGAGAAAGUACAAUUUUUCAAUGGAACAUUAUUGGCUGUAACAGGUGAGAGAGAGUUAAACAUCUCAGUAUUACAGAGCAGCGUGUUGAACUCGGUUCCUGCAGGAGCGUCAGUGACUCUGCAGUGCUCGGUUCUCUCUGAGAGCAGAGCAGCAGAUCUCCAAGUGCUCUGGUUCAGAGCUGCUCCACCACAAUCCCAUCCUCAAAUCAUUUACACUCAUCACAACAGCAGGCAUCAGUGUGAGAGCAGCUCUUCUACACACACCUGUGUGUACAACUUCUCCAAGAACAUCCUCAGCCUCAAUGAUACUGGCACUUACUACUGCGCUGUGGCCGUGUGUGGGAAGAUUAUUUUUGGAAACGGGACACGAGUACAACUGGAAUCAGUAGAUCCUGUAGUGAUCUGCCUCGCAGUAGCUUUAGGAGUGUGUUUGGGUGUGAUCUUUGUUCAUUCUGUGUUCAACUAUAAAACGAGAAACUCUAAACAAUGCAGUGUGAGACUUCAACAAGAUUCUGUCAUAAAAAACAUUCCUAAUCAGAGUGAUGAUGCAGUAGAUCUGAAUUACACUGCCUUACAUUUCAAUCAGAGAAAGACGAAAAGAACGAGAAGAAAGAAAGAUCAACCUCAGGAUUGCGUGUAUUCUGAAGUGAUAAAGUCAUCAGCUACAUAGAUCAUAUCUUUAAUAUUUCAUCUCAUA